AUGUUUAAAGCUCAGAUCUGCGAUAGGUGGUUAACGGUUUUACAGGUGGUGGUGGAAGAUAACAAUUUUUGGUGGCUGGUGGUGGCAGAUCAAGACCAUCUUUUUGCCUACUGGGGUAUCUUUAAAUCCAGAGUAUGCGCUCCACUUGUUGCUACCCUUUCGUUGGAGGUUAGUGCAUCUUUGAAGUUUACAAAUCUUAUUCCAAAGGGACGAAUUUGGACCAUGGUUGCCAUAUAUGCUCAUACAGUUGGCGAUCUUGGAUAUGCAUCCGAGCUUGGAAACUAUGUUGAAUACAGUGGUGCACCAGAUGAAGAGGAGGUUUUGCAGUAUGCCCGAGUUGUAAUUGAUUGUGCAACUGCUAAUCCAGAUGGUCAAAGGCGAGCUCUUAUAGUAGGUGGCAGCUUUGCAAACUUCAUUGAUGUUGCAGCCACGUUCAAUGGCAUCAUUCGAGCCAUCAUAGAAAAGGUGGAAAAGCUGAAAGCCGCUAACAUGCACGUCUACAUAAGGGGAGAUCCAAAUUACCCAGAAGGACUUGUGAAGAUAUGCGCACUCGUGGAGGAAAUUGGCAUCCCAAUUGAGGUGAAGAUCAAGACCAUCUUUUUGCCUACUGAGGUAUCUUUAAAUCCAGACACAUGCGCUCCACUUGUUGCUACCCUUUCGUUGGAGAUUAAACUUGACAUCGAGAAGUUCAUCGAAGUUAUAUAUGCUUUAUUCAUAGAUCAUCACUUCACUGUCUUAGAAAUUAAUCCUUUUGCCCUGGUUGAUGGAAAGCCCUAUCCUCUUGAAAUGAGAGGAGAGCUUGAUGACACUGCUACUUUAAAGGACUUUAUAACAUGGUUGCUGAAAUCGUGGAAAAGUGUUCUAUUUCAUGUUAGUGCAUCUUUAAAGUUUACAAAUCUUAUUCCAGAGGGACAAAUUUGGACCAUGGUUGCCAUAUAUGCUCAUACAGUUGGCGAUCUUGGAUAUGCAUCCAAGCUUGGAAAGUAUGCUGAAUAUAGUGGUGCACCAGAUGAAGAGGAGGUUUUGCAGUAUGCCCGAGUUGUCAUUGAUUGUGCAACUGCUAAUCCAGAUGGUCAAAGGCGAGCUCUUAUAGUAGGUGGCAGCUUUGCAAACUUCACUAAUGUUGCAGCCACGUUCAAUGGCAUCAUUCGAGCCAUUUCUUAUAGGUGGAAAAAGCUGAAAGCCGCUAACAUGCACAUCUACAUAAGGAGAGAUCCAAAUUACCCGGAAGGACUUGUGAAGAUACGCGCACUCGUGCAGGAAAUUGGCAUCCCAAUUGAGGUGAAGGUUUUUUAA